GGUCGCAAGCUUUAAGACUUUUAAAUUCGGUUAACACAAUAACAAUUCUCACGUUUUCAAACAUAACUUAAAAAUAACCACCCGGAACAGUGUCAAAAAUGAGGAGAACAAUGUACAAAUAUGGAGUUCUUAUUCUCAACUUUCUUCUUAUUCAUGUUACUUUGGGCGAUCCUGAUUUAUUUCCUACUCAGAAUGACUGCGCCAAUGUGUUCUGCAAAGCCAAUAAUACAAACCACGAGUGCUGCUCUAAUCAGUCCCCGGGGUCAGGCGGAUCUGACACAUCGUUCAUACACUCCACAACAGCCGCUGUUUUCUUUGUUGCUGUGAUAGGAUCACUUAUAACUAUUGUAUUUCUUAUGUUUUUCUGUAAUAAUUGUGGGAAAAUGUGCAGUCGACUCUCAAAUAAAAAUAACCAAUCAAACUCAGGACAAAAUUCAGCUGUAAGAACUGUUUCGGCCGGUGUACAGACCAAUGCAGUAGAUAUACCUCCCCCUUACGCUCUCCAAGACCAGUAUCAUAGGACAAGAAGCGAUGGUGCAGUUGUGGAACUUGAAAUACCAAGGUGCCCCUCCUACGUAAAAGACCCCCCUCAGUAUCAGGAAACUAUAUCUGGUACAUGUAUCUGUAGUGUGCAUUCAGAAGUGGAAAAUAGGACAAUAGAAAAUGCUAUUGAAUUUUCGGCUAAUUCUGUUGUGGAUGCUUAGAUUUAAUUUAAUCUUUAAAAUAAAGAUUUAAAUAUUAAGACUGAGUUUAAGGAUAUUGCAUAUGUUUUAAUUAAUACACACAUAUUAAUUGUGAAUAAAUUGUUAUUUCAAAACUACCCGGUAUAGUAAAUAUGUUUUUAUGUAUGCUUGAAACAAUUAUUAAGAACACUAUACUUUAUUAUGUAUGAUACAUUUCAUCUGACAAUCAUAUUGUUUUAUUUAAAUUCAUUCAUAUCAAUCAAUUUAUACAUACUUCAAUAAUAUUCACAAACAUUUUGUCUCUUAUUUUUUGCUUCAGACAGUGAAGCAAAUGCUAUCCAUUUUCAUCCGUCUCCCUUGGGCUGUUAACUUAGAAUUAUUAUAGGUUGAGGAAGUAAAUAAUAACCAUAGUGAUACAUAACAUUAUACUCAGAGUUAAAGAAAUUUUUUGAGAAGAAAAAAGGCUUUUCAAGUUGUCAAAUCAAUAAAAUUAUCCAAUUUAGGCCACACCAAUAAAAAUUUUUGUUCGUCGGACCCGCGCGCUCGUAUUUAAACAAAACUAUACAAAUAAUAUUAAUUUAAGAUCCCCGCACAAUGGGAAUUCUAUGCUGUUUCUGUCCCAUUUCCGCUCUAUUUAUCGUACUUUAAAUCUACUUACUCUGCAAAUCAGAAAAAAAUAUAAUUCUCCGCUCAGAUUUUUUCACGCCCCGCCUAAAAAUUUUGCCUACAAUAAAGUAAUAAUAUUAUUAUUUAACCGCUAGCCCGAUCGUCCUUUUUUCAUCAAAUGUCCGACGAACAAGAAUUUAAAUUGGUGUGGCCUUAGUUUAAAUUUGAAUUGAUUUAAUUUAGAUCAACUCGGGGAACAUCUUAGAUCUCUUACAAUUGUACAAGGAGUAGAUAAGACUUGCCCUCUGAUACACGGGUGCCGUUAAAGCACAAAUGUUCCUUAUUAUAAAAAUGAUAUGAUAUUUACCACUUCUAUCAUGUGAUUACUGUGUUCAAAUCUUAUGUCAUGCCAUGCUGACACUUUUUGCAUUCUCAACGACGUUAUCAAUAUAUGUAUAUGAAGGGCACGGAUUCAAUGCACAUGUAUUUCAUUUAUUAGUUUUGUAAGUCUUCUAUGUAAGCAAUCGAAAAUUAGCAUUUAUACGUGCAUAUCAUUGUAAGUCAGAAUAUUUAUUUUGUUAAGACAAAUCUUUUAUUUUGAUAGAUGCACAUUUAUUCCUACAUUUCGAGAUGGAUUAAGUAUAAGAUGAUAUGUAUGGAGAGGACUUAUAUACAUGUUUAAGCAGUGCCUGCUGUCCAAUCCUUUUAUUAAUAUUCGUAAUUAAAUAUUGUUUAAAUUAAACUAAUAAAUAUU